AUGCAAGAAAGGGUGACAACUCGUACUGAGGAUUAUGACUUAACCUGUCCCAUCACGCUACGAACCUUUCGAGAUCCAGUGAUAGCUGCCGAUGGUCGUACAUAUGAACGUGAAGCAAUCGCGCGAUGGAUCGCAGAACAUGGCACAAGUCCAUUCACACGACAACCAUUGAAUAUCAAAGAUUUACAACCGAAUUAUCAUAUGAGAAAUAUGACUGGCCGACGAGGUAGCUCUGCAUCAUCUUAUUAUGCAGUUGAUGAAUCAAAAGUGUAUCAAUAUCCACCGACGGCUCCUGUCUACGGCGAAGUGCCUAUAACCAAAGUCAGUAAUAACCAUAGAUCGGGUCAAUGCUGUUCAUUUCGAUGUCAACUCGGUACUAUACUCAUAGUUAUAAUAUUGAUUACUUCGAUAAUAUGUGGACUCAUCAUCGGUUUUAACUUACGAAAACCUGUAUCAACUAACAAACCCAAGUAUUCAUCAUCGCUUACCGCGAAUAGUCCAACUUACUGUCGUACUACAUGCAUCCGAUGGCAAUUCUACUACGAUGUACUAACAGUGACCGUGACCAAAGCUGGCAAAUACAAGUUCACUAGCGAGAGUAAUAUUGAUACAUAUGGCUAUAUCUACAAUAGUAGUUUCAAUCCAGCCAAUCCUCAUUUGAAUUUACUUGCGGAAGAUAAUGACAGUGGUAAAAAGAGGCAGUUUCAGCUCAAAAUUAAUCUUCAGCCUUGGGAAACAUAUGUACUGGUUAUAACAACGUUCAUACCAAAUGUGAGGGGAUCAUUUUCAAUCGAUGUAUCGGACCCAAAAUUCGUAAACUUUCAUUCGACGACCACUCAUCGGACACCUACAAAAACGACAAAAAGAACGACAAAAAAAACGACAGCAAGAACGACAAAAAAAACGACAGCAAGACCAUCAACGACCGCACCUGGGAGUUACUACAAUUAUUCGUCGUCAUUAACUUCAAGUAGUUCAAAAUAUUGCCGUCGUGAUAAGAAAUGUCGAGAGUCACUGGACUUCUAUUAUGAAGCAUUGCAAAUUAGUGUGUCCAUGAAUGGCAGGUAUCAUUUCGUGAGCAAUGGUAGUAUGGCAACGUAUGCUGAUAUCUACAACAAAACUUUUGAUGAGUUAAAACCGAAUCAAAAUUUAAUUCCUUCAAUUGAUGAUAGUAGCGAAGAAAACCAGUUUAAGCUCAAAGUGUCUCUCAUUGCUGGGAAUAAGUAUAUCAUGGUUGUGACAACAAAAAGGAGUAAUAUCAUGGGAAAAUUCUCGGUUACUGCGAUCGGCUCUGGAUCAGUCACUUUCAGUUCACUACCGCAGUCUGGCAUCGAGAUUCGGAAUUGA